UGGCGCGCUUCGGAUCGUUUCUUCGUACUUGAUUCCAACGAAAUACUGAACGAUUGAUUAAUCCUCGAUCUUUAGCUUGGUUAGAUCAUUUGUUAUUUGGAUAACGUUUAUUUUAACUGUGCGACUAGAGAUCGUUCUUAUUGUCGAAAAGAAAAAUAAAAAGAAAGUUUAGAUUUAGAUCGGAGCAUGCGUUAAUUCUCGUCGAGACCCCUCAAGGAUUCUUUCGACCCCGAAGUCGAAGCGGUCUCCAUCGAUCGAUGUCUCGUAGAAAGUAAAAUCACGAGCGUGAGCGUGUCGAGUACUUGUCUGACAUACAUUUGGCCAAUUCUUAUGUACGUACGUCCUCGAGAAACUUUUUGAAAGGAUCUUUCGUCGAGUCCAAGCCAGUUUACCAAUUUGGUCAAAAAAUCGAUUCAGUCGUUCUUCGCUCGGAGAAUAUAUUAAGAACACGUCAAAAUGCGUUUAUUCAAAAGACAAACAUCGGAUACCUGUCCGCAGCUGGUAUCAGCUACACCGAUAUCCCAAGAUGAAACAUCCGAGACAGUGACUGCAAAUGGUACUACAAUUGAGCAGAAUGAAAAGUCCUUGGUUGUUGAUAAAAAAGAUUCAUCGAAGAGACUCGAUAGGGAUGGUGGAGAACCUGGAGAGUCUGAGAAAACUGUACCUGGGCAGUCAUUCAUGAUAACUCGUAAAGGUAUUUCAACAUGGGGUCGGAAAGUAGGCCGAAGGUUAGAUCAAUUGAAGAGAUCGGAAAGUUCGGAGUUACUUUCGGUUUCGGGUAGAAGACGUCGUUGGAGUCCAAAUCGGAAGAGAUACGAAGAUAGCUUGGAGGAAAAGGAAAAUGGCUCGAACGAACAUUCCUUUCCGGAAUUCCCCAAGCCAAAAAGAGUCUCCAGAGUGGAAUCCUUGAAGAAUUUAUUCCGGUCGACAGAGAGGAGUAAUUUUUUAAGUUCGAAUUCAACCUCGAGAAACGUGACGAUCCACGAGGAGAGCCAUUAUCCAAUGGAGAAAGCUCUCAGCGAUGGGGCCAUUAAAAACGUAGCUACGUUUCAAGUCAAGUCUGAGAAUAAUAACGACGAACGAUUAAGGGGAACUCUGCUUCAAGAAAAACAGCGACGGCUCAGUCGUAGUAUUCACGACCUUCAGGAGCAGGAACGUGUCAUCGACUUUAUUCUCAUGAAUCAGCAGGUGUUAAAGACUCAAGAGGGAACAGCAUUGGUAAAGGAGACUUUGAGUAAGCUAGAGAAGGCUAGUAGUUCGAAGGAUACGUCGUCGGAAUAUUCAUCCUCGACGUCUAGGAUGAACAGAAGAAGUGACGUCUCAUUGAAAACGAGUACACUUAGUAGAGCGAAGAGUAAAAAUCUUUUCAGUAACACCAAUGAACGGGAUAGUUUUAGGAACGAUCAACAAAGAUCUUGUCCCUUGACCGGUUUGGAGGAUCUUAUGAGCAAUCUUCGUCUAGGUUGUGACGAGAGUGGUUACGACUCCGAUAGCACACGAGCAGGUGCUGAUUCUCCUGAUAGUGAACAAUGUGCUCAGAGAAUGACAAAGCCUCGUAGCUUCUCGAUAACUUCCGAUGAUUAUCAUGGUAUAGAUCUAUCAUUGCCACCUAUUAUCAAUCAAGUUGAAUCUUCGAAGGAUACCGAAGAUUCUGAGAAUGCUAACGAUACCAUCGUGGAGGCACAUCAUUUCUUGAAUGAUUCUAACAAGACUGAAUCGACCUUGGUCAUGUCCGAGCAUGACGAUGACACUGACAGUUGCGACGAAAACACUUUUGAGGACUAUGAACAGUGCACCAAAUUAAAUUUCUUCGAUAACUCUAAUAGGAACGACUCAAAGAUGGAGUCCAGUAGUCGAUACUCGAAAAUAUUUCCAACGACUUCGAAGAACGUUGCAUCUGUAUCUCAGACGAAUAGGAUCAUUCAAAGUUCAUUGAUACAAACGAAACCUAUAAUUUCUUCAAGGAAUCGAAAAUUUGGAAGUGGUAGCGUAUUGACUCUUCUCGAUAAUGCUUCUUCUCCUUGUAAGGACAGUCCACCAGCAACGAAGAUUAAUUCGUCGACGUUGUUACUGAAAAGUCCAAUUCAAUAUUAUAGUCCUAAAAGAUCUCGUUCUGCUUUGGAAGCUGAAACAUCUUCAGACGAAUCUAUCAAUAGAAUCAAUAAGGUUAAGAGAAUGGUUUUCGCUGAUAAUCCUCGAUCAAUAACAACUUCAACGCCAGCUAAAUCAACUUUAGUACGUCGAGAAUUGAAGACUAUGAAAUUCACCGUUGAAAGAUCGGGCAAUCUUGGUAUCUCCGUUGAGAGACGGGAAGCUGUCAGACCAUUUUACGUGAUAUCAAAGUUAGAUUCCAACGGUGAAGCAGCUAAAUCCAAAUUAUUUCGAAUUGGCGACGAGAUCGUCCGAGUCUGUGGUCGUAGAUUACGUGGAAUGACUAUCAACGAGGCUAGGAGCGCCUUACGUAAUUGUGUAGGAAACGUUGAGCUACAAAUCGCUAGAGAACCAACAUUUGCAUUUGGUGAAGAGAUCGGUGAUACUUGGGCUGAUUUAGAGAGAGUUCCUUCUCGUCCUCGAAAUGAUUCUGACGCGUGGACAUUGCAAGAGAGUAAAUCUGAUCCUGGAGUUUCCAACAUAUCCAAAGUUGAAUCUUCUCAAGAUGAUCAUCGAUCGAAGAACGAAGAGGCUCCAACAAAGCGACCCAAAAGUGAAUUAUCGAUUAACGAGACGAGAGACGAUAACGGGAGAAAGAUGACUGGUAUGAGGAAAUUUCAAGUUAUCAAGAAACGAACUUCACAUCCAGUUUGUUAUCCGAAAAGAGUGUCAAGCCUUUCGAAAGAUUUGUUGACCGUGACCUUGGAAAAAGGAGCUAUAAAGAAACUUGGUUUCUCGAUCGUCGGAGGAUCCGAUAGCAAGAAGGGUUAUAUGGGUAUUUUCGUAAAGGAUAUUAUGGAAGGUGGUCAGGCAGCUGAAGAAGGUACACUUAGGGUCGGUGAUGAGAUCUUAGCGAUUAAUGGCAUACCAAUGGACGGAGCAACCCACACGAAGGCCCUUCAGACUUUCAAGAAUGCCAAACCAGGCAAAAUGAUUCUCUGCAUCGGACGAAGGGAUCCAACGAAUAAACGGUACAUAACUCAAUCCAAGUCUUGCGAUUGUUUAAGUAAAUUAACGGAAAAUGGAUAUGAAUGAAGAUGUGCUACAGGAAAAAAAAAUAUUUUUAUAUAUAUAUAUAAAUAAUUUAUAUUUUCCUAGGUAAUAUUAAUGAAAACGGAUAGGUUCCCUUAAUUAUUUAAGAUUCGAGGUGAUUCGAUUUGCAAUAGGAGGUGUUGUUAAAAGAAGGUUUAGAUUUUCUGUGUGUGUAUAUAUAUAUGUAUAAAAAACUCAUAGGAUGUUUUUCUUUUCUUUCGUUACUUAUCAAAUACAUUCGAGGAAUAUCAUAGCUUGUUCUUUAAUGCAAUUGGUGUGACAAUUGGUGUUUAACAUUUUGAGUUAUUCUCAUAUCAAUUCACGUUACUAUCGUUUUGUGUAGAAAUGUGUUAUUUAAGAAAAUUCGAGUAGCUAUAAAUUUGUCUUAUUUGAUUUAUUUUGUGAUAUCAUUUAAUUGCUUUCUUUGUCAGUGAUUUACUUGGAUCGAUUUUAUUUAUUUGACAUUAUUUGUCUAUCAUAAAUGAUCAUUUUGCAAGAAUACUCAAAGAAAAAAUAUCCAGAGUCAUGGAUUCGUUUAGUUAAUUUGUAUGGAUUGCUAGUUCUGUCUUUCUUGAUGAAUUUAUUCAGCAUUAUUAUACGUGUAAAGUGAUAAGAAAUGUACAUACAUGUGCAUAUAUAUAUAUAUAUAUAUAUAUAUAUAUAUAUAUAUAUAUAUAUAUAUAUAUAUAUCAUUAACACAAGACAUGUUUUAUUAUUCCAUUAUGCGGCUUCGAAAAAUGUAAAAUACAUGAUAGUUCAUUUGUGCGUUCGAAACAAUAGGAAGUUAAAAAUAAGGUCAUCAUUACAUCUAACGUAGUCAUUUCCUGUUAGAAAUAACGCGCUAACACUUUGGAUUAUGACGUAUUAACAUAACGCACUUUUUCAUAUAUAGUUUAACGUAUGUUUCAUUAAUAGAAACAUAGUUUUCGUUUAAACUAGAGAACAGAGCCGCCUUUUAAUAAUCUCGACGAGGGUAUACCGAUGACUUACUUUGUACUUAUUUACAAUCUAAUUUUGGUCGUACUAAUAUAUAGAGAUUUUUAAGCUACCGAGACUGACAUUUAGAAUGUCUACCUGAUAAAAUGCUGUGAUAUAUCGAUUGUAGUCGAAUUAGUUGAUAUCGUACAAAUUGUAUUUAAUAAUAAAAAAUGAUUUUGUUGAGAGACGUA